AUGUAAAAUGAAUAGCCCGAAGCUUGACUAAAAAGACUGCCUUUUGUCUUGAACCGUAUGUGUAGCCUUGGAACAGAGAUCAUUAUGGUAACUGCCCCCACAUCAGAAUCAAUCAGCCCUGGGUCUCUACCUAACGAUGCCCAGGAGACCACUAUCCAGAACAAAACAGGAAAGAGGAGGAAGAGCAUGCUAAAACAAUCAUGGAUGGAGAUCACCGUAGCUUUCAUGAGGAGGACAAAAGUCCACGGGCUGAUGUUCGUCUUCUCCCCAGACAAGACCCUGACCCAACGGAUCCUUUGGCUCCUGGCCUUCUUUGUGUGUGUGAGUCUCUUGUUCACCUGGUCUUGGAACCGCAUCCUCUACCUGAUGUCCUACCCGGCCGUCACCAGGAUUAAGAUGGAGUGGACUCACAACAUGUCCUUCCCGGCAGUGACCUUCUGCAACCACAACCUGUUCCGGUUGUCCAGUCUAACCAAGGUUGACCUGUACCACUGUGGUUACUGGAUGGACCUGAUGCACCAGAACCACUCGGUUUUAGAGAAGAGCCUGGCACUUCUGAGGGACAACCACAAGUACAACCUUCUCAGCCUGCUGGACUUCAACGGCUACACCCCGCCUCCUCGUUACCAUGUCAACACCACCGAGAUGAUUGGCAGGCUGGGCCACCAACUGGAGGACAUGUUGCUGGAAUGCAGGUUCCGGGGGGAAAACUGUACUCACCAGAAUUUCACCACUAUUUACACGCGGUAUGGGAAAUGCUACACCUUCAACUCUGGCUUGGAUGGCAACCCGUUGUUGACGACGUUAAAAGGCGGGACAGGAAACGGGCUGGAGAUCAUGCUAGACAUUCAACAGGACGAAUAUUUACCUGUUUGGGGAGAGACAGACGAGACCUCGUACGAAGCAGGCAUCAAGGUUCAGAUCCACAGCCAGGACGAGCCUCCUUUCAUUGACCAGCUGGGAUUUGGUGUGGCCCCUGGUUUUCAAACUUUUGUGUCAUGUCAGCAGCAACUGCUUCAGUACCUCCCUCCCCCUUGGGGAGACUGCAAGUCCACUCCCAUCGACUCUGAGUUCUUCUCCACAUACAGCAUCACAGCCUGCCGUAUCGACUGUGAGACACGCUACCUGGUGGAGAACUGUAACUGCAGGAUGGUCCACAUGCCGGGGACCUCAAUGGUAUGCACACCCGAGCAGUACAAAGACUGUGCAGACCCAGCUUUAGACUUCUUGGUAGAAAAGGACAAUGACUACUGUGUGUGUGAGACACCAUGCAACAUGAUACGCUAUGGCAAGGAGCUGUCCAUGGUGAAAAUACCCAGUAAAGCCUCUGCCAAAUAUCUGGCCAAGAAAUUCAACAAAACUGAGCAAUACAUCGGAGAAAACGUACUAGUCCUGGACAUCUUCUUUGAGGCGUUGAAUUAUGAGAAGAUUGAGCAGAAGAAAGCGUAUGAAAUUGCAGGGUUGCUUGGUGACAUCGGGGGUCAGAUGGGUCUGUUCAUUGGAGCCAGUGUUUUAACGAUACUGGAAAUUUUUGACUACUUAUAUGAGGUAUUUAAGGAUAAGGUUUUGGGUUACUUCAUGCGCAAGAAGCGACCACAGCGUUGUCCGAGCGACAAUCUGGAGUUUCCAGAGAACCCAACCAGCCCUGGUGUCACGCCUAAUCAUGCCCCCAGAGCACCUGUGACACCCUCCGGAGUCACUCGGACAGUCUCGGAUUCACACCGAACAUGUUACCUCGUCACCCGACUCUAGGCAACUUUGAGGAGUUUGCUUGUUGACAACACAAAACAGGGUGGGACCUGGGAUCUUCGGGGUUUGACAGCAAACUGUGAAAUAACUUCUAUAUUAUUACAAACAUGGUCAGUGAUAAAUACUCAAAGAGUAGUAGGAUCUGUGAAUUGCCUGAAUAGAAAUAGAAUACUAUCAUAAGAAUAAACCACUUUUAAAACAGAACUCAGGUGAUAGGGCCAUAUCAAGGCAUCGACUCUACACUAUGUAUUGGAUGUUUCAUUCAUGUUGCAUUCUCUUUAAACAGGGUGACAUUAGAGUGUGUUUGAAUCGGGAUUAAUCAGCCUAUUAAAGUGUCAGCUUAGUAAUGGAAAUGGAAAGGCCUUCAGAGCGGUCUCAUUUUAUCUAAAUUUAUACACCUUUGUAAUCACAGUCCGUUCUGGUGUGCUGAAUAUCGAACCGAGAGGCUAGCGAUGGUUAGCACGUGUAGCAUCAGCAUAUCCAGGUCCAUUCGUAAAUAGAACAAGAGAGGAGGUUGAAAGAUAUCUUUCUUGUACCACUCUUUCAUUUAGUAUACCUCAUUGUGAGUAAGAAAAAUCAGAUUUCAGUGAUGCCUACUCACCUAUGAUCACAAUGCUCCAAGGAGCUGACUUGAAUCCCAGUAGUAGACUGCUGUUGUAAUUGUUGCCUUGUUGUACUCAAGUUAUUCUGUUCUGAGAUUCUUGAUCAUCUCAUUGAUUUGAAGUAUUAAUACCAAGUGAUGAAAGCCUCUUGUGUAAGGUUCCAAGAAGAUACGCUUUUGCAAGAUCACUGAAUGCCAUUCUUGUUUACAAGUUACAUAUUGAAGAGGGGAAAACAAGUGUAUAUGUUUGCACAAAUGAACAAUCACAAACUUUUCCAUAGAUUUUUGGAAAAUAGGAACAUUGUCCAUGGUUAUGUAUAGUGCUCCGCUCAAUGUUUUCUAUCUGUUUACUGCUGAAAAACAAUUAACAUCAAUGACUAAAUGUUAUUCUGUCGUGGUUUCUCUUUUUUUGGGGGGUAGUGUUAUCAGACUGGCUGGACUGUCACUGGAAAAGAGCACCAAUCACAGGAGUCUGCUAUAACUUAGCCUCCCUCUUUUUCACCACUUUCAUUAGAAUAGAUAAACAAGCAAGACGAUGCACCCAUCCUUAAAGUUAACAUUUGUGGGUGUUGAAAUGGUUUUGUUCCAUGGUCAUGGCUUUUAACUGCUAUAAAAACACUCAUUAGCACAAGUCCCCUGUGAUAGUAAUAGAUUCUCUAUUGGAAACUAGUGAAAAAUCAAACAUUUUCAAGGUGGUGUUCUAAAUAUUGAUUGAAAUGUGUAAAUACUAGAUCAAAAAUAAGAAAUUAAAUCUUGCUCGUAUGUUGAUAUAUUUAAAUGCAAAAAAAAAACAAAUAUAGAAAUAUCCAUUAUUGCUGUUGCACCACAAGGGAAUUAGAGGACAUUGCAUUUGGAUGGGAGCAGCUCACUUGCCAUACGAACACACGAUGGCCUACCCCAAGGAUUGCCUAUUAAUCUGUGUUGAUACCCAAGUUGACCUCAAGUGUCUUCCAACUUCCAUUUAAUUUCAGGACCGGACACCGAGACAGUUUAUUACAGUGCUUCAAAAACAUUCUAUUCAGUUCAGUUGGUUUGUAACACUGAAAUACAUUGUAUAACUGCAUUAUUAUAUACUAUUGUUAUUGAAAUUUCAGUACAUGUAAUAAGACUCAAAUAACAGUCAGUUUGUGAUGUGUAAAUGAUCAAAUAUAAUAAACUGUA